CCAACUUCUCUCUCUCUCUCUCUCUCUCUCUCUCUCUCUCUAGAGAAUAAAUUCUCAGCAACCCGUCCAAGGCCCAAAGCCCUAUAACCAAAACCAGACCUUCCGUUCGGUUGUUGAUUGCAGAAUCUCUCUCUCUCUCUCUCUCUCUCUCUCUCAGCCUUAGCUAUGAAGAAGCUGUACCGCAAAGGGACGGUCCAUCCUUCCCCGCCGCUCAUCUCCGACCACCUGGCGUUCCUACCUGCAGCCAUCCUCACCCUGACGGUCGCGCUCUCGCCGGAGGACAGAGAGGUGCUGGCCUACCUCAUAUCCUGCUCCGGCAGCUCUCCCGUCGUCCGGAGGAACAACAACCAGAGCAAAUCGGGCGCCUGCAAGGGUGGUGACCACCCUACGCUCUUCAACUGCAGCUGCUUCCGGUGCUACACGAGCUACUGGGCGCGUUGGGACUCGUCCCCGAACCGCCAGCUGAUUCACGAAAUCAUCGACGGGUUCGAGGACUGGCUGGUGGCGCAGAGCAAGAGCGGCAACGCCGGCAAGAAUAAGAAGCAGGAGAGGAGGAAUAACAAGAGGGGUUUUAAAUUUAAUGAACCGUCGGAGGAUUCGAAGAAGCGACCUGAACUCGGAUCGGGUCGCCGGGCAGAGUCCGGCGAGGCAGACUCGGCGACGGCGGCGGAAGGCGGCGCUGGCGGUGAAGGUUGCGACGGCGGUGGAGACGCGGAGGAAGGGCUGGAGAAAGGUUCGGUGAGAAAGCUGGUGAGCUAUAUCGGGGAGAAGAUUUGGAAUGUUUGGGGGCCAUGAAAAUCGGAAGGAAAAUAACAUGAAAAGGUGGGAGUUCAGUUCCAGUUUUUCUAUCUGUAGAUUAAGUUUUUGAUUUUCCAUUUCUUUAUCCUUCAAUUUCUCUUUCUCCUCCCUGAUCAUCUGUACAUAUAAAUUAGCUUUUCUACAAAUGUAAAAUUUGGCCAGUUUUGGAUGCAUAAUAUAUUUCAAGUUUCUCAUCUUCUUCAA